GCCGAAGCCGCAGUGACUCUCCAGUCCGCUGGAGGCGCUACGGAUCAGAAACACUUCCGCACUCGACUCUGAAUGACACCGACAUAGAAGCGAACGAGGAAGUGUCGGGGAAUAAUAUUGUGAAGUCAAAUUUAGAUCAUCCCCCCCCCACUGAACUCAUAUUUUCAUCUGUUGAAUUUUGGUUGUCAUGGAGACCCCUGAGCCCAGUCAGGCAGAUGGAGAGGAGCGGAUGAUGGAGCUGAGACCCAGGACCCGCUCCAAUCCGGAGGGUGCAGAGGACCGGCGCAGCAGCACCGGCAGCCUGAACAACAGCCUGGCAUCGCCGCCGCCGCAGCAGCCCGCCGUGGGCAGCCGUGUGGAGGGAGAGGGAGAAGCGGCCAGCUCCGACAGCCCUCCGACUUCUGCCACCGCCAUCUCAGCCACCGCACCUGCAGCUGUUACUGCGACGGGAAGCUCCACGGCCAGCAUGCCUGCCAUAGCUUCUGCGGUGAAGGAGAGACCCAAACCCCCUCAGCCGUCCAUGAGCACCCAGAUCCCCCCAUCAGCUGAGUUACACCUGCGGGCGCCACGAGUCAACUGCCCAGAGAAAGUGAUCAUCUGUUUGGACCUUUCAGAGGAGAUGUCUCUACACAAACUGGAGUCGUUUAAUGGGUCCAAGACGAACGCCUUAAAUAUUUCACAGAAAAUGAUUGAGAUGUUUGUGAGAACCAAGCACAAGAUCGACAAAAGGCAUGAGUUUGCUCUGGUGGUGGUGAAUGAUGAUGCCAUGUGGUUAUCAGGAUUCACGUCUGAUCCGCGAGAGCUGUGCAGCUUUCUGUACGACCUGGAAACCAAUGUCUGCGAGUCCUUCAAUCUGGAAGAUCUCCUCAAUGUCAUCUUGCAGAAAAUUGAACUUCCUCAGAUGGAGAACAUUCAGACCAUCCCACCUCCUUUCGUAAUCCGGACUCUCCUCAUCUUCAGCCGGCAUGCUGGCAUGCUUCAGUUCAACCCCUCUGAUGCUGCCAAAAAAAUGCUGCAGUCUCCCUAUUUCUUCUUUGAUGUUGUUUAUCUUCACAAUGGAACUGAAGAACAGACAGAAGACACUAGCUGGAAGGAUGUGUACGCCUCCUUCAGUGAGCUGGACUCUAAGGGAAUGUGUUACCGCUUUGAGGUGUCCCUGUGUGGUCCUGCUAUUGAGCUGCACAACUGCAUGGCCAAACUGCUGUGCCACCCGCUGCAGAGACCCUUCCAGAGCCACGCGUCCUACAGUCUGCUGGAGGACGAAGACACGCAAGAGAACGAGGCCACGGUUUGAGACUCAAAUCUCCUGGAUUCAUAACCACACACUGAAAAACUGAAGGAGUGACCUGUGAAUAACUGCAUAUAUAUAUAUAUAUGGCCUUGUCCACUGGUUCUGUACUGGAAAUGCCUCUUUUAUUACUUUACACAGCAGCUAUAACCACACUAGCUCAAGACCCUGCUGUGGAACAGUCCAUUAAAGCUAACCAAUUAGUUUUGAGAAUGUCAGCUCUAAAUGUUCUGGUUUCUGAAAACGUCAUGUGAAGGGAUACAUCAUGCAUCAAACGUCCGCUGGUUAAGUGGCGGAGAUUCACAGAUGAGCUCAUGUGAAUGAUGGCCAUAGAGAUCCAAUGACUGGAUCUUUAAUGUGCUAAUGGUUUAGUGAGUUCAUCUGGACAGCAGCUAAUAAAUACUGUUUGCUCACUCCUGUCAAAUAAAUGAAAUGUAAAUGCUCUGUGAGACUCAUUUGCUACAUGGGUGCCUCAAAAACGAACCAAAAAACAUGGUCGAGAAACAGUGUAGCUGUGGACAAAAUGAUUUUAAAAGACAACCGCAUUAAAUGACAAGGCAUUUGAACUGAAGACAUUUUCAAGUAAAAAAAAAAUUUAAUUAGUGGGACCUAAUAGAGGGCUGGGCUUGAUGCUGUUCAUCAUAAUUUUGACUGGAUAGUGAAAAGCAAUAUUAUUGGUUAAUAUAUUUCACAAAAAAUCCAAAAUAUAUA